CCAGCGGGAGCCUCCGGCUACUUUCUCCCCAUCGCCCCCUGUGUGCCAGCGGUAGGAGAACAUUUCUAUCACCAUGAAAUAAGACCCCGUACCCACUCGCAGUCACUGUCACUAUCCCCCAGCUUCUGGGAACCACGGACCUGCUUUCUGCCUGUUCUGGACGUUUCACAAACGUAGGAUCAGAUACUAUGAAGAGAUCGCUUUCAGGUGGCAGCCUCAGGCCCACCCCAAGAGGGAAGGAAGAUGAUUUUACGGUUGAGAAGAAAGAGGCACAGAGAUGCUAAGAGCUGUACUCCAGGCCAUACAGCAGCUAUUUCCUGGGUAUCAAGUAUGUGCAAGAUCUUUUGGCCCUGGGGAGGCAGUGGAGAGCCAAAGGCCAGCUGUGAAUCCUUCCAUCUGUCGGCCCAUUUGCCCAGAUCAGCCACCCAUCCAACCAUCCACCCACCGAACCAGAAAUGUGCUCGCCUCGGAGUCCUGGGAGUAUCCUCUCUGGGUAUCCGUGGAAAGGGACCUCAAGAAGAAACCCCUCCCCAUCAGGACUGCUGAGGCCGUCUCCUAGGGUUGAUUGGAGUCACCGGACAUCGUCUCACUCAUGGACUUUACGCUUGUGUUCUGGCUGCCUUCAUGGCCCCUCUACCCACCCAUGGAUGCUGCCCAUCACAGAACACCUGCUGCACCUCCUGGGAGUGGAGAAGACCACGUUCCGCCUGUAUGCAGUGUCUGUGCUCCUCCUCUCCCUGCUCUUCUUCCUCUUCCGCCUGCUGAUGCAGUUCCUGAGGCUCUGCUGGCGUUUCUAUAUCACCUGCCGCCGCCUGAGCUGCUUCCCCCAGCCGCCUCGGCGCAACUGGCUGCUGGGCCAUCUAGGCAUGUAUCUUCCAAAUGAGACGGGCCUCCAAGAUGAGAAGAAGGUGCUGGACAACAUGCACCAUGUGAUUCUGGUGUGGAUUGGACCUGUGUUGCCGCUGUUGGUUCUGGUGCACCCUGACUACAUCAAGCCCCUAGUGGGCGCCUCGGCUGCCAUCGCCCCCAAGGAUGAUCUUUUCUAUGGUUUCCUGAAGCCUUGGCUGGGAGAUGGGCUGCUGCUGAGCAAAGGUGACAAAUGGAGCCGCCAUCGCCGCCUGCUGACGCCUGCCUUCCACUUUGACAUCCUGAAGCCCUACAUGAAGAUCUUCAACCAAUGCACAGACAUUAUGCAUGGUAAAUGGCGGCGCCUGGCACAGGGCUCCGUGGUCUCCCUUGACAUGUUUGAGCAUGUCAGCCUCAUGACCCUGGACAGUCUUCAGAAAUGUGUCUUCAGCUACAACAGCAACUGCCAGGAGAAGAUGAGCGAUUACAUCUCAGCCAUCAUUGAGCUGAGUGCCCUCGUGGUCCGGCGCCAGUAUCGCCUGCAUCACCACAUAGACUUCAUCUACUACCUCUCGGCGGAUGGGCGACGUUUCCGGCAGGCCUGUGACACCGUGCACCGCUUCACCACCGAGGUCAUCCAGAAGCGGCGGUGGGCGCUCCGUCAGCAGGGGGCUGAGGCCUGGCUGAAGGGCAAGCAGGGCAAGACCUUGGACUUCAUCGAUGUACUGCUCCUGGCGCGGGAUGAAGAUGGGAAGGAACUGUCUGAUGAGGACAUCCGAGCUGAGGCGGACACCUUUAUGUUUGAGGGUCAUGACACAACGUCCAGUGGGCUCUCAUGGGUGCUCUUCAACUUGGCCAAGUAUCCAGAGUACCAGGAGAAAUGCCGGGAAGAGAUCCAGGAAGUCAUGAAAGGCCGGGAGCUGGAGGAGCUGGAGUGGGAUGACCUGACUCAGUUGCCCUUCACCACCAUGUGCAUCAAGGAGAGCCUACGCCAGUUCCCGCCAGUGACCUUGGUCUCCCGCCGCUGCACGGAAGACAUCAAGCUUCCAGAUGGGCGCAUCAUCCCUAAAGGAAUUAUCUGCCUGGUCAGCAUCUAUGGGACCCACCACAACCCCACCGUGUGGCCUGACUCCAAGGUGUACAAUCCCUAUCGCUUUGAUCCGGACAACCCACAGCAGCGCUCCCCACUGGCCUACGUGCCUUUCUCCGCAGGACCCAGGAACUGCAUCGGACAGAGCUUUGCCAUGGCCGAGAUGCGCGUGGCCGUGGCGCUGACGCUGCUGCGCUUCCGCCUGAGUGUGGACCGAACGCGCAAGGUGCGGCGGAAACCCGAGCUCAUCCUGCGCACGGAGAACGGCAUCUGGCUCAACGUGGAGCCGCUGCCUCCGCGGGCCUGAGCGCCGGCCUCCGUGCGGAUCCAGGGGGCCCAAGCCCCGCCCGGAGAGGCCCAGGCCCCGCCCCCAAGAUCCCGAGGGCAGAAACCACGCCCCUCGAAGUUCAGGUUGGGCUCCCGGAGGACCAGGCUCUUCCGCGAAGCCCGAAGGUGCAAGCCACGCCCCUCACGACAAGUCUCCGCCUCCUGCCGGUCUGGUCACGCCCCUUGAGGUCCAGGUCCGGUCCCCUGAGUGCCGGUUCCGGCUCUCCAGCUUGAGGAAACAGGCUUGCUCAGGUCCCCUUGGGUCCAGACCCCUCCCAGGAUCCGGAGCAUUCGGGGCCUCAGGCCCCACCCAGCCAUCCUUGGACUUAAGACCCAACACCUAAGGCCGCUGGGAUUCAGGACCAGUUCCCUCUCCCUACCCCCCACUCGUGGAUUCCAGCUGCCUUCUAAGUUGAAGACUUGGGAGCUGAAGCCUGAAGUUAGAGCCUUGAACCCGGACAUCACCUUCUUGAGGUUCCCAGCUCAUUUGGGUGAACUCCUCUGGCAUCAGGCAGCAUCCCAGGGGUCGGAUGUGUGCUUCAGUUGUUUUGUAAAUCUAGACCCUCCCUCACCUGCCUCUUCCCUCCUCCGUUGCUGAAAGGCCCUUCGCUGAGCGUUCUGAUUUUUGUAGAAUAAAAGCAAGGGAUAGAGACGGCCACCACUACUGUUCACCCCCUAGCUCAGCCAGACACUUCCCUUGGGGCCCAGGAAGGAAACGAAGGUCUCUGGGGAGUUGGGAGGCCCAUGAGGGAAGCUAUGAAGCCAUGAGGGCUAGGAGGCUGGGAAGCCAUUUGCCCUCAGACAUAAACUUAGGCUUUUUGGGACAGUUUGUGCAUUCAUUUAACUCGUCAACAGACCACAUGUUAAUUAUUUGUUGGCAUUGGGCCAGGAGCACAGCCGGGCCCAAUUCCUGCCCUCGGGAGAACAGGGGACAGAUGUACAAGUAAUUCCACACGUAAGUUUAUUUAUAAUCCAUGACAAGUGCUCCAAAAGAGAGGCCCUUGGUGCUCUGUGAACACAACAGGGGGGUGGCUCAGGGAGAGCUUCUUGGAUGCUGAAGUGAGAGUACACGCUGAGUGGUAACAAGGGAGACAAGACCAUGUCAGGCGGGAGGAACAGCAUCUGCAAAUGUCCCCAGGUGGGGGAGAGCAUGAUAUUCUCGAGGCACACACUCCAGGGUGGCUGGAUCUGGAGGAGGAGGGCAGAAUGGAGGUAGGUUGCCAGGGGCCAACUGCCAGGAACUGUGGGUCACAUCUCACAGCAGACCUUAUGCUGUGAGAUGUGGGUGAUAGGGAGCUAUAGUGGGUAUGUGAGCAGGGUGCAGGACAGGACAUGGUCAGAUGUGGGUUGGCAGGGAGGUGGCUUGGAGCGGGGGGCACUGGGGAAAUCUAGUGAAGAGGGAGACUGAGGUCUGGACAGGACAGGAGGGGUGACUAGCUACAGGGGCUGAGGUGAGGGUGAUUCCCGAGUCUUUGGCUGGGGAAACUGAUGACAGUAUAGCCCCCAUAGAAGAUGGGGCGGUGAUGAUGUCUACAAUAAUUGUAUUAACUCAUCAAAUAUUUACCGAGCAUCUGCUGUGAGCCAGGCCGUAUUUGCGCCCUUACAUAAUUGACUUUUGUUGUGCGGGUGGGGGGGUGUUAACAGAUGACAGAUAAUAAAUGGGCAAAUAAAUAAGUAAAUUCAC